AUGGGUCCAACAGCAAAUCCUUCUUAUGCCAUAGAGAAAAUGGAGGUAGAUAUGCCAGUAAAAGUUGAUGAGAAAGAUCCGAAGGAUUCAAAUGCUGUUGCAAUAGAAAAUAUCAAAGAGCACUGCGCUUUACUUGACAAAGGCGAAGCCCACUUUGUUGGGAGGGUUCUACAGGCUUUGCACAACACGAGGAAACAGUGCAAUGUCGAGGUACUACAUCGGGUUAUUGUAAACCAGCUCGCUCUUUCAUUACACAAAGAUACCCUCUUAUCGUGGGUUCCCACUAGUAUUCCUGUGGCUAUGGAAGUGGAUACAAAAUUGGCACCUGCAUCAAUGCCUUCAUCGUCUCUUAAAUCUCCUCGCCCAACUCGCAAAGUCACCUCUCCAUCUCCGGAGUCAGAACUUUACAUUCAUCUCCUGGUUCUGCUUCAUCUGGUCGACAUGAAGAAACUCGAUGAUGCAAAAAAAUGUGCGGAAAUGUUAAUAUCUCGUGCCGACUCUGUCGACAAGCGCUCACUGGAUCCCAUAGUAGCGAAGGCCAUCUUCUACCUGGCUCUUACCUAUGAAAGACAACAUAAGUUGCAUGAACUCGCCUGCUUCUUUAAUUCCCGCCUUCGUACGGCAACGCUUCGGCAUCAGAGAGAGUCCCAAGCGGUUUUGAUCUGCACACUUCUUCGUUGUUAUUUAAUCAACAAACAAUUUCAGUCAGCAUCGAAACUCGUUUCAAAGGUCACCUUUCCUGAAGGAGCCAACAAUAAUGAUCUUGCGCGAUAUCUGUACUAUCAGGGUCGCAUAAAAGCUCUUCAACUUGAUUAUACUGCUGCUGCCGGAUAUUUUUUACAGGCUAUGCGAAAAGCUCCUCAAGAAGCUGCGAUUGGUUUCAAGCAGAAUGUGCAGAAAUGGGUUGUGGUUAUUGGCUUGUUACAGGGAGAGAUUCCCGAGAGGUCCAUAUUUCGUCAACCAAUAUACAGGAAGUGUCUGCAGCCGUAUCUAGAGCUUACUCAAGCUGUUCGGACCGGAGACCUUGUGCAGUUCAACAACAUUGUUAAGCACCACAGUCCAGUAUUUGAAAAGGAUGAAACGCUCACGCUUAUUGUUCGGCUUCGACAAAAUGUAAUUAAAACUGCUGUUAAGCAAAUAUCGCUCGCUUAUUCUCGGAUAGCCAUCAAGGAUAUAGCAAAAAAGCUUGGUAUGAGCAACGAAAUCGAGACGGAAUACAUGGUUGCAAAGGCUAUAGCCGAUGGUGCGAUUGAUGCAGUGAUCACAUGUGACACUAAAGAUGGACACAGAUUUAUGCGCAGUUCCGAGACAGUUGAUGUGUAUACCACUACAGAGCCACAAAUACACUUUGACAGUAGAAUUAAGUAUUGUCUGGAAUUGCACAAUCAGGCUGUAAAAGCGCUCCGAUUUCCACCAAAAAAUAAGUGUGAUGUGGAAAGCAUUGAAGCCCAACGGGAACGAGAGCAGCAGAUUUCCGAGAAGUAUGCCAUAAUUUGGUCCGGAGUGUUUUUUGUACUUAUACCCCUGAAUCGUAUUGGAGAUUAUGAGUUGGAAUUCGCGAAGGAAAUGGUUGAUGAAGAUGACGAGGAUUUCUAG